AUGAGUGGCAUCCUGUCGUACUUGGAUCCUCGGCGGAUCCAGUGGGCCGCCACGUGGUAUGCCGUGCAUUCUAGAAUCCUCCGCACGAAACCUGUGGAAUCCAUGUUGGAAGGGACGGGCACCACCACAUCUCAUGGGACCAAACUGGCCCAGGUACUCACGACUGUGGAUCUGGUUUCACUGGGUGUUGGAAGCUGUGUCGGCACAGGAAUGUAUGUGGUCUCGGGCUUGGUUGCCAAGGAGAUGGCGGGCCCUGGUGUCAUUGUUUCCUUCAUCAUUGCAGCUGUGGCCUCCAUUCUGUCUGGGGUUUGCUAUGCCGAGUUUGGAGUCCGUGUUCCCAAAACCACCGGCUCUGCCUACACCUACAGCUAUGUCACUGUGGGAGAGUUCGUGGCAUUUUUCAUCGGAUGGAACCUAAUCCUGGAAUACCUGAUCGGCACGGCGGCGGGAGCCAGCGCUUUAAGCAGCAUGUUCGAUUCCUUGGCCAACCACACCAUCAGCCGCUGGAUGAUUGACAGCAUUGGGACUUUAAAUGGGCUAGGUAAAGGAGAAGAAUCCUACCCAGAUCUGCUGGCUCUGGCCAUUGCGGUCGUCGUGACCAUUAUCGUGGCCUUGGGUGUGAAAAACUCUGUGGGAUUUAACAACGUCCUCAACGUCAUUAACCUGGCCGUGUGGGUCUUCAUCAUGAUCGCUGGACUCUUCUAUGUCAAUGGAGAAAACUGGAGUCAGGGUCAGUUCCUGCCGUUUGGAUGGUCAGGGGUGCUUCAAGGCGCAGCCACCUGUUUCUAUGCCUUCAUUGGGUUUGACAUCAUCGCCACCACUGGAGAAGAAGCCAAGAGCCCCAACACUUCUAUCCCUUAUGCCAUCACGGCCUCACUGGUCACCUGCCUGACAGCCUAUGUCUCUGUGAGUAUUAUCCUAACUCUGAUGGUGCCAUACAAUGAUAUCGAUACCGAAUCCCCCCUAAUGGAGAUGUUUGCGGUCCACGGAUUCUAUGCUGCGAAGUUCAUCGUUGCCAUUGGAUCUGUUGCUGGGCUGACAGUGAGCUUGCUGGGCUCCCUCUUCCCAAUGCCUCGUGUAAUUUAUGCUAUGGCAGGCGAUGGGCUUCUCUUCAGAUUCCUAUCCCAUGUAAGUUCCUACACUGAGACUCCUGUGGUAGCUUGCAUUGUCUCAGGAUGCCUUGCAGCGCUCCUCUCCCUCCUUGUCAGCCUCAGGGACUUGAUAGAGAUGAUGUCCAUCGGCACACUGCUUGCCUACACUUUGGUCUCCGUAUGUGUCCUACUUCUCCGGUACCAGCCAGAGAGUGACAUCGACGGCUUUGUCAAAUUCCUUUCUGAAGAGCACACAAAGAAGAAAGAAGGGAUUUUAGCGGACUGUGAAAAGGAAGCUUGCUCUCCAGUUAGUGAAGGGGAGGAGUUUGCAGGCCCACCAACCAACACGUGUGGAGCAAAGAACCUCCCAUCUUUGGGAGACAAUGAGAUGCUCAUUGGGAAAUCGGAUAAAUCCGCCUACAAUGUCAACCACCCUAACUAUGGCACAGUCGACAUGACUUCAGGAAUCGAGGCGGAUGAGUCAGAAAACAUCUACCUCAUCAAGCUGAAGAAGCUCAUAGGGCCGCGAUACUACACGAUGAGGAUCCACCUUGGUUUACCUGGGAAAAUGGAUCGGCCCACUGCAGCUACUGGUCAGACCGUCACCACGUGUGUGCUGUUGCUCUUUAUCCUUAUGUUCAUCUUCUGCUCUUUCAUCAUUUUUGGGGUGGACUAUCUCUACGACCAAAGUUGGUGGGCCAUUCUUCUGGUGGUGCUGAUGGUCCUGCUGAUUGUCGUCUUGGUCUUUGUCAUCCUUCAACAGCCAGAAAACCCCAAAAAGCUGCCCUAUAUGGCCCCAUGUCUGCCUUUUGUUCCUGCCUUCGCAAUGCUUGUAAACAUCUAUCUCAUGCUCAAACUUUCAAGGAUCACGUGGAUCCGGUUUGCCGUCUGGUGUUUUGUGGGGUUGCUGAUUUAUUUUGGCUACGGCAUAUGGAACAGCACACUGGAGAUCACCGCUCGGGAAGAGGCUCUCCACCAGAGCACGUACCAGCGCUACGACACCGACGUCGAUCCCUUCUCGGUUGAAGACGGCUUUUCCUAUGCCGAAACAGAAAAAUACCAGGACUGGGACCCUGCCGACGACAAAGGUUUCACUUACCAGCAGAUAUCAGAAGCCCAGGGAAGCAGUCGGACAAGUAGCAAAUCCAAAAGUAAAGGGAAACACAAACCGAACUCAGAUGCCCUGAUUUCCAACGAUGAGUUGGACUACUCGCCAGAGUAG